AUGACGCAGUCUCCCAUGAUCGCCGCGCCGCCCAAGGCCACCAAUGAGAUCGACUGGGUCUCGCCGCUCAAGGCCUACAUCCGCGACACGUACGGCGACGACCCCGAGCGCUAUGCCGAGGAGUGCGCCACGCUCAACCGCCUGCGCCAGGACAUGCGCGGCGCCGGCAAGGAGAGCGUCACGGGGAGGGACAUGCUCUACCGCUACUACGGGCAGCUCGAGCUGCUGGACCUGCGCUUCCCGGUGGACGAGCAGCACAUCAAAAUUCCCUUUACAUGGUUUGACGCAUUCACCCACAAACCCACCACGCAGUACUCGCUGGCGUUCGAAAAGGCCUCCGUCAUCUUCAACAUCUCCGCCGUCCUUUCCGGCCAUGCUGCUAUCCAGAACCGAGAGGACGAUUCCGCACUCAAAGUCGCCUACCACUCGUUUCAGGCCUCGGCCGGCAUGUUUACGUACAUCAACGAGAACUUCUUGCACGCUCCUUCGUUCGACCUCAGCCGAGAGACUGUCAAGACGCUGAUACACAUCAUGCUCGCCCAGGCGCAGGAGAUCUUUCUGGAGAAGCAGGUCAAGGACCAGAAAAAAGCCGGAUUGCUGGCCAAGCUGGCGUCGCAGUCUGGGUACCUGUAUGGACAGGCUGUGGAGGGCGUGCAGGAGAAUGUCACAAAGGCCAUCUUUGAGAAGGUCUGGCUGACAAUGGUCCAGAUCAAAGCCAGUCUUCUCAACUCCAUGGCGCAGUAUUAUCAGGCAAUGGCAGACGACGAAGCGGGCCAGCAUGGUGUGGCCCUGUCACGGCUCCAGGUGGCCGACACCCUCGCCAAGGACGCCGACCGAUUAGCAAAGAGCUUCCCCAGCACCGUGCCGUCCAACGCCAACCUCGGUGCCGACUGCAGCACGCAUCUGCAGGAGAUUACGAAGCGGCAGUGCUCGACGGUGCAGGAACGGCUGCGAGAAGCCAUCAAGGACAACGACUACAUCUACCACCAGACCGUCCCCGCGGAGGCGACCCUACCCCAGAUCGCCAAGCUCCCGGCCGCAAAGCCGAUCCCCGUAUCCGAGCUCUACGCCGGUCAAGACAUCCAGCGCAUCACCGGCCCCGACUUGUUUUCCAAGAUUGUGCCCAUGGCCGUCACCGAAUCCGCCAGCUUAUACGACGAGGAGAAGGCCAAGCUUGUCAGAGCCGAGACGGAAAAGGUGGAUACGGCAAACGGCGAGAUGGCAGCCAGCCUGGACUAUUUACGACUCCCAGGGGCAUUGCAGGUGCUCAAGGGCGGAUUCGACCAGGACAUUCUUCCCGACGAGGAUUUCCGGCAAUGGUGUGAAGACGUGGCCAACCACGAGAAUCCCGUGGACAUCUUUGACUUUUUGCGGAGCGAGAAGGAGUCGAUAGUGUCGACUCUGGACAAGGCGUCCAAGCAGCUGGAUAUGGAGGAGAGCGUGUGCGAAAAGAUGCGAUCCAAGUACGAAAACGAGUGGAGCCAGCAGCCCAGCGCACGCCUCACGACGACCUUGCGGGGAGACAUCCGCAACUACCGGGAAGCUCUGGAGGAGGCCAGCAGGAGCGACGGCCAGCUGGCGGCGAAACUGCGCCAGAACGAGACGUGGUUCGACGAGAUGCGGAACGCCGUCGCAAAUGGCCAGGUUGACCAGCUCUUCUCCAGGGCGGUUUCCCAGGCCAAGGGGCGGAGUAGCAAUGCCGUGAGCCCGGCUGGAAACGAGCCGAAUCUGCUCGAUGCAGACUUUGAUGAAUCCGGGCCCACGGUGGUGGAGCAGAUUGCGAGAGUCGAAGAGAUUCUCAAGAAGCUCAACCUCAUCAAGAGAGAGAGAAAUCAGGUCCUCAAGGACCUCAAGGAGAAGGUGCACAACGACGACAUCUCUCAAGUCCUCAUCCUCAACAAAAAGACGAUAGCAAACUAUGAGCAGCAACUUUUCAAGCAGGAAUUGGAAAAGUUUCGGCCUCAUCAGAAUCGCUUGCUGCAGGCAAACCACAAGCAAUCGGCCUUGAUGAAGGAGCUGACGGCGACGUUCAACACUCUCCUGCAGGACAAGCGCGUGCGCGCGGAGCAGAGCAAGUACGAAUCCAUACAGCGCCAGAGGCUAUCGGCCAUUGGCAAGUACAAGCGCGCGUACCAGGAGUUCUUGGAUCUGGAGGCGGGCUUGCAGAGCGCCAAGAACUGGUACUCGGAGAUGAGGGAGACGGUGGAGAGCCUCGAGAAGAACGUGGAGACUUUUGUAAACAACCGGAGGUCAGAGGGCGCACAGCUGCUCAACCAAAUCGAACAGGAGCGAGCAAACAACAAGAGCCAGCAGGCAGAGCUGGAAAGGGAGCGGCUGAGAGGCCUCAUGGAGCGCAUGUCCAUGGAGCCGGCACAGCCGGCGGCGCCCGCCAGACCACCGUCGGGAAGACCAACACCGGCGCCCCUGAUGCAGCAGCAGAGCCAGACGUCUCGUUACGGCCAGGGCGGCGGCAGCAGCAGCAGCAACGGCUAUCAAGGGCAGUUCCAGAUGCCUACGUCGCCACCGCCGAACCAGCAGAGCUUUGCCGGAUACGCCAGCCCUCCUCCGCAGAGCACCUUUUCACAACCCGUAUACAACCCGAGCACGUACGGCAGAAACCCCGGGCCGACAUCGCCGCCUCCGAACCAGACGUCCUUUGGCAUGAAUGUCAUGAGAGGGCCCCAAUCGCCGCCACCCACACAGACAUCGUUCGGACAACACCAGCCCUACACCAUGUAUGGGGCGUUACCCCAACAGCAGCAGCAGCAGCAGCAGCAGACACAGCAGCAGCACGCUCCUGGAGGAUAUGUGCCACCCGGCUUCGUCCCUCCACCGCCUCCUCCGGGCCCUCCUCCGCUGGGCCCUCAGCAGACUAUUCACUUUGGACAGCAGGAUUUUGAUCCUGCGGUUGGCCACCCAUCAAGCGCGCAGCCUCGGUCGGCCCAAACACAGCAGACGCACGACCCGUGGGCCGGGCUCAAUGCGUGGAAAUGA